GUUGGUUUUGCCAUCAGUCUAUUCAGUGAUUGGAAAUCGUACAGAGUGAUAUAUAGUGGAGUAACGAACCGUGUUUUUUUUACAAAAGAAGCAAACAAAGUUUAUUUUUCAAUAAAAAUCAGUUUUUUUGUGUCAAUAACAAUGAAUACAACGUCGAGAAAAUAUACCCAAAUCGCAACAGUUGCAUUAAUAUUUGGAUAUGUACUACUGAUCUCCUACACAACGGACGCUCAGCCUAUUGACAUGUACGACGAAGUCAUGUUAUCUGAUGAAAAGCUACUCCUUAAGAUGGCUGAUUUAAUCGAUUCCAUUGGCAACGAUGAAGAAGAUGAUGGCCGUAGAGGUCCUAAUGAGCAGCUUAUCGAAUCACCAGCUGAACGAUGUUUGUUGCCGAUCAGGAAGGGAGUAUGCCGUGCAUUGAUUCCGCGAUGGAGCUAUGAUCUUGAAACAAAGAAAUGCGUUGAAUUCAAAUUUGGCGGUUGUGAUGGGAAUGGCAACAAUUUUGGAACGGAAAAACAGUGUAUGGAUGCUUGCGAAGGUGUUUAGAUAAUAGUUAUUGAGUGUAUGCUGAUACAGAGCACCAAAGUUCCACAAUUGUAUUUUUAACUGGUCUGAUUAUGUAAAAGCUUUAAUUUAUUUAUUUAAUUUAAUUCGAUUAUUUCGUGUGCUAAAAUAAAUAUUUUGUUUUAAAGUA